AACAGGAGCUGUCACUACAUUUGUGUUGUUGUUAAUGGCAGUAUAAUUGCCAGUAAAAGGCACAUUUCGGAAGAAUAUUCGGGAUAGAGGCGUAUUUGGUGGCACCUUUAUGAAGAAGCUGCUGAAAACCCGCUAAAGGACUUUCUUUCGUGGGAAGGUUGUGAUUCUGUCCUGCGAUGUUCACAGACAUGGACUAUGAGCUGGAGGAGGACAAACUAGGGAUACCCACGGUACCCGGCACUGUGACGCUGAAGAAAGAUGCUAACAAUCUCAUUGGCAUCAGCAUCGGUGGUGGAGCUCAGUACUGCCCUUGUCUCUAUAUUGUCCAGGUGUUUGACAACACUCCCGCAGCUCUGGAUGGGACGCUGGCAGCGGGCGACGAGAUCACCGGAGUGAACGGGAAAACGGUGAAAGGGAAAACAAAGGUGGAGGUGGCCAAGAUGAUUCAAGCUGUCCAGGGAGAGGCGGUGAUCCACUACAACAAACUGCAGGCUGACCCGAAACAAGGGAAAUCUUUAGAUAUCGUGUUGAAAAAAGUCAAACAUCGGCUGGUGGAGAACAUGAGCUCAGGAACCGCAGACGCUCUUGGACUCAGCAGAGCUAUCCUAUGCAACGACGGCCUGGUGAAAAGACUGGAAGAGCUGGAGAAAACAGCUGAGCUUUACAAAGGACUGAUGGAGCACACGAAGAGGCUGCUCAGAGCUUUCUUUGAACUGUCGCAAACUCACAGAGGGUUCGGAGACGUGUUCUCCAUCAUCGGUGUCAGAGAGCCGCAGGCUGCAGCCAGCGAGGCUUUCGUCAAGUUCGCUGACGCUCACAGGAACAUCGAGAAAUAUGGAAUCGAGCUGCUCAAGACCAUCAAGCCUAUGCUCCAUGACCUGAACACAUAUUUGCACAAGGCCAUUCCAGACACCAAGCUCACCAUCCGCAAGUAUCUGGACGUAAAGUUUGAGUAUCUGUCAUACUGCCUGAAGGUGAAGGAAAUGGAUGAUGAAGAAUACAGCAGCAUUGCCAUGGGAGAACCUCUGUAUCGCGUGAGCACCGGGAACUACGAGUACCGCUUGGUUCUGCGGUGUCGGCAGGAAGCUCGGGCCCGCUUCGCCAAGAUGAGGAAGGACGUUCUGGAGAAGAUCGAGUUGCUGGAUCAGAAGCACGUCCAGGACAUCGUGUUCCAGCUGCAGCGCUUCGUCUCCGGCAUGUCCCAUUACUACGACGACUGCUACGCCGUCCUGAAGGAGGCGGACGUGUUCCCCAUCGAAGUGGACCUGUCCCGCACCAUGAUCAACUACAGCAGCCAGUCGCUGUCCUACACGGACGAAGACGAGGAGGACGGGGGCGGCGGAGGGGAAGAGGGAGGGAGCACGCAGGCAGAGAACGGCACCGAGAAGCUGAUUGAUGAUGAAUGAGUGUGUGUGUGUGUGUGUGUGUGUGUGUGUGUGUGUGUAUGUGUGUGUGUGUUUAACACUCUGACGCGUUAAACAUUUGAUGCUCGUUUUACUGUUUUAUCGUUUAUUUAAACCCAUUUUCUUGCUCUUUUGAUAUUCCUUUUUCUCACUAGCACAACUCACAACAGUGGGUGAUUUUAUUUUAGCACUUUCUGAGACGCGUGUUUACUACGUCAGAGGUGGGAACUGGGAGCUUGAGGUGUGCCUUUGUUUUUUUACCGUCUCUCUUGGAGUCCAACGGUUUCUGGUGUUUGUCAGUCUGUAUGAAACUGAAUGUUGUAACUUUCUUGUCUAUAUUACUUGCAGCACUCUGUACAACACCAUUUUAUUCAGCUACUUUACUUUUUUUUGUCUUACUUUAAACUUAUCAGCUUCAGGAUCCCAUACUUUACAAAUUGUCAGUUUCCACAAAACCCGUUCCAGCUUCAAAAUUUGUUGCACCUCUUUUUGCAAACUUGAAGCAAGGUUUACUUUGCAUUAAUUUGAUUUUAUUUGUUUUAUGUUCAAUUCUAUUGCAAAUAACGCUAUGCUUUUCCAUUCCGACCUUACACUGAAAACAAGAAGGAUGGCUGUCUCGAGUGCACAUACAAGCCCACAGAGUUACUGUGCUGUUAGCACUACAUUAAAGAAAGUAUAAACAUGGACAUUCCAAAUAAUGCUGUGUAUCAGGUCGUUACCACUGUAUUUAUUGUGUUUUUUUGCUGAAAUUGUAUCUAAAAGUUUGUAAAAAAGUUAUUCUUGGAAAGAAAAAUCAAUCUCUGCUUGAAUAUGUUAUACUACAAGUGACCACUGGGUGGCAGCAAUGCACCAGAUUUCGCAUCCCUACUGUAAUACAUUCAGUUGAAGUUUUGUGCUGAAGUAAAUCGUUUUAUUUUUGUCUUGUUCACUUUUAUGUCACCUAAGGAAGGACUAUAUAAAUCUUUAUGCACUAAAUCACCAGUUGUAAAAUAUACCGAUCUCAAAGUGAAGCGCUAAGUUUGGUCUUUGAAAUUCUACACUAACCUCAAAAUAAAUCAUGUAACUAUUUGAGUCAAAUGCUUACAAAAAUGAAGUACCUGCUGCGAGAAGCUCACGUUUUGCUGUUUAAGACGGUUAAUUUAGCUUUUCUAAUUCAUUUUUGCCUUGUUCCUGUUACUAAGGCAAUGCUUGAAACCUGUGCAUAUAAAAUAUAAAAUAAAACUAUUUGAAAUUGUU